AUGCAGUGGCGGUGCGUCUCGGCAGUGCCGCGAGGCAAAGGGCAAGACUGGAUGUGCUGCCCGAAGGGCUGGAAACGCUUCCAAAAGAGCUGCUAUUACGUGUCAGAUGACAAGAUGCCCUGGGCUGAGAGUGUGCAGAACUGCACUGGGAUGGGCUCCCACCUGGUGGUGAUCAACAGCAAAGCAGAGCAGGCUUUCCUCACUAACGAGCUACGACAAUCUCAAAAAGGAACGAAUUACUACAUCGGUCUGCGUGCACAGGUGGUGGGCCACUGGCGGUGGGUGGACCAGACUCCGUAUAAUGAGACGGCAGCGUUCUGGCGGACAGGGGAACCAAGUAAUGUGGCUGUUGAGAUGUGCGUUGUAAUCCAGAGUACUACAGAAUCACACAACUGGAAUGAUGCCCGAUGUGAGAGCCAUAAUCGAAUUUGUGAAGCUGCAGCAGUAACUGCGUGA